AUGUCUGCCGACGACGGGUCCAUAUUCACAUCGUGGAACCCCGGAGAGUUGAUCAAAAAAAGUACCCACGGGUACGGAUUAAAGGUUACUCAUCGCCCGCUCUUCAUUGAAGCCUUAUAUCAAAGCCUGCCUGACAGUGCGAAAGCACGAAUCAAGGUCAAGAAGCACGUCUUCAAAGUAAACGUGUCAGAUGAUGGAGUGGUCGUCGAGUGUACCGAUGGUACCGUGGAAAGGGGCUCCAUUGUGAUAGGUUUAGACGGCGUUCACAGUAGAGUUCGCCAAUGCAUGCAGGCGAUGGAGGAGGGUAGGGCAGCUCCGAGCAUAUCGGAAACCCCUAAGAGUCCCUACGUCACCACAUACAGGAUGGUCUUUGGAAGUAUACCUAUUCCUCCGACAUUACCAAAUAAUGUCAAUCACGAAUGCGCGUCAGGACGUGUAUCAACUCAGCUUCUCACUGGUAACUCUCUAGCAUGGUUCGGCGUGUAUGAAGCGCUUGAUAAACCUACGUCAGAACGCAUCAAAUAUACCGAAAAGGAUAAGGAGGAGGCCAUACAGAGAUGGGGACAUCUGUACACCGCUCCCGGCAUGAGAGUGCGCGACGUUUUCGGCCUACAGGAUGGAAACUUUGGUAUGAUCAACCUGGAGGAGGGUCGUGUAGACAAAUGGUAUUGGAAUCGUAUCGUCCUCGCAAGUGAUGCUAUUCGGAAACUAGAGCCUCACGCCGGAUUAGGAUAUAAUAGCGGUUUGGCCGAUGUAGUUGUCCUCGUGAAUAAGCUCCGACGCUUACUCGAGACUACUCGGUCACCGGAUACGAAAGCCUUAGAAGCGGUAUUCGCCGACUACCAGGAGGAGCGGAAAAAGGAUGAGCCAAUAGUUCAUGACAUGUCCAUGCGUCGUGCUCGAGCUUACGCGUGGCUCAGCCCAAUGGAUAAGAUCAUGACUAAAUACAUCAUCCCUUACACUAGCUUCGGAGUAUACAGCACAAACCGCAUAUAUGGGCCAGUCGUCUCCCGUGCCCCUGUCCUGGAUUGGCUGGAAGAGAAGUCUGAUACCAAAAACUUGAAAAUUGACCUUACGCCCACCAUCCUAUUGUCAAGGGGAAGAGUCAAAGAAUGCGUUAUCAAGGAACCAUAG